AUGACGGUGGAGAUGAAUGGCAAGAAUGACAGUCUGCUUAUGGAUGUCGAUGGACUCGAUUUUGUUGAUGAAGGGCAAUCUAUCAAGGAUCAAUUAGACGACCACGAAGAUAAUUAUAUUGGUCGGGAUUCGGUGAGUGAUUGUAUAGUUGUCUCAUUGAGUAAGGGCAACGAGCCAUGGUCAUAUAAUAAGGGGGGGGAGCUUCAUUUUAAGCUGAGUCCGCUGGUACAGCAAAAUAUCGCUUUUUUGUGUGAGAAAGACAAAUAUAAGAUUUACCCAGUAGCUCUGCCGGGCAUUGAUGCUAGCGAGGAAUACGUAAACUAUGUGACCCAGCUGUUUGAAAUUUAUAGCUCUUUGGGGGAAGAUAGAGUCAAUUCCGUGCCCACAAUAGGUGUUGUAAAUAUUAAUGAAGCAAGGGAACACACGAUGGCUGCAAACCUAGCAUUUGAAGCACUUGUAAUUGAGCUAGAAAGUUUUAUCGAUGCUAUAAAAAACAAAAAAAAUGCAUUUGGCAGGUUUUUUGAGGUGGAAGAAUGCCUCACUAUUAUUAACUGUCUAAAAACAAUUUAUUUUACCGCUGACACACCUGAUGAGCAAACUUCCAGAAAUACUUUUAUAAAGACUCUACUUGGGUGGAUCAAUAGAUCCGACGGUGAACCGAAUGAAGAAUAUAUCGAGCAAGUUUUUUCCUCUUCAAGCAAUAAGAAUGUUUUUGAGACUUCUUUUUUUUGGAAACUGAUCAAUCAGCUAUUGCUUAGGGGCUUGUUCGAACAAGCUAUGGCUUGUAUAGAGCGAUCAGAGCUUGCAAACUAUCUGAGUUCAAAAUGCCAAGUAUCAUCUAAUGCGUUACAUGAUAUAGUGGCUCUCCUGAAACAGUACCCACUGGAUUCCUCUAAAACUUUUAGAGAAUGGAAGUCUUUAGUCCUAGAGCUGUCUCAAACAUAUAAUGAUUCCGAAACUGAAAUAAGUGGUGAAAUACGUGACUACCUUCAAGAUACUUUACUAUUAAUAGGAGGUCAUCAAGAUAAGAUAUUGUUCUAUUCAAAGACCUGGUACGAAUCAUUUUGUGGGCUAUUGCUGUUCUAUAUUCCUUCCUUAGAGCUUUCUGAAGAAUAUCUACAACUAUCACUGAAGCACAACCCAUUAGAUGUUACAAAUAAUUGGGAAUCGGCAUGCGCUGAGGUGAUUAGGGGACAUCUGUACUCCAUUUUACCAACUUUGGAGUCUCUCGACAGUUGUACUGCUGCAUUUACAGCAGCGCUAUGUGAAGCUAAAGGCUUAUUAGAGAAUUAUAACGAGGAUGAGGACCAUGAGCAAUCAAGAAUUUAUCGCGAGGAAGAAGAUUUGUUCAGCUAUAGAAACGGCAUGGCAGCAUAUAUGUUGAACAAUUUCGCUUUUGAGAUUUGCUCUCUCGGAAAUGCUACUUUAUGGCCGGUUGCAAUUGGUUUAAUUACGCUGUCGCCUAUAUGUAAUUCAAGUGCUAAGAAGCUUGCCAUUGCGGAGCUACUACCACAUUACCCUUUUCAAUCUACAGACGACAUUGAAUGGAUGCUAAGUGUUUGUGCUAAAUGGAGGCUGACACAAGUUGCAAAAUCGAUAUACGUCACGCUUGGUAACAAGUUACUCUACGAAAGUAACACUAUAGAAGCCAUGGCCAAUUACAGUAAAGCUGGCAAAUUUGAAUGGGUCAAACGAUAUUCAUGGAUGAUGUUUGAAGCAUCCGUACUGCAAGGAGGUCCCUUAGAUGACAUUAUAUUGAAUGCAAUAGUGAAUAACUACGACGAUCCCGUAAUUCCGAAAAAUGUUCUUGACACAUUGGUAACGAGUGCAAUGAAACAGUCACUGUCUCCAUAUGCUGUAUUAUAUCAGUUCUAUGUGGCGCAACAGAAUGAAAAAUGGUCGGAUGCAUUAGAACUUUUAUUACUGUUACUAGAGUUUCAAUAUAUGCCAAAAUGUUAUGUGGUACUACUCGUUUCAAAGAUUUUACUGCCGAUUUUCCUAGAAGACUCAGAAAAGGUAAUGAAAGAGGAUAUAAUUCUAAGGAUAAUGGAAUGUAUCACUAAUAAAUGGGAUAAUGAUGAUGAGAAGACACAAAACAUUUAUUUGUCUCUUCGGGAAAUGGGAUUAUCAGUAUCAGAAAAUCUGGAUGGUCUCCAUAAACAUGUAAGAAAACUGCUAGAUUUCAAACUCUGUCAAGAAUAUAUGUGA